AGCUCUGUAAAAUACAGGAGAUGCCCAAGGAGAAUCAGCCAGUUUCAGUACUUCUGAAAAACAACAUCUGCACAUAGGUCUGGAAGUAUCAACUGAACUUCUGUUGUAGAGAAAAGGUCCUCUCCUUCCCUUCCUGGAUUUUGUUUUACUUUGUUCUCAGCCUCGGAGCAGCAGUCCACAGUGAGUGCAUGGCUAAGAAUAAUCGCACCUCAGUAACUGAGUUCAUCCUCAUGGGCUUUACUGACCACCCCAGCCUGGAGACGCCCCUCUUCCUGGUGUUUCUCAGUUGCUAUCUUGUCACCCUUCUGGGGAACGUGGGGAUGAUUAUUCUCAUCCAAGUGGACACCCAGCUCCACACCCCGAUGUACUUCUUCCUGAGCCACCUCGCCCUGCUGGACGCCUGCUACACCUCAGUCAUCACCCCUCAGCUCCUGGCCACACUGGCCAUGGGCAAAGCAGUCAUCUCCUAUGGCCGCUGUGCUACCCAGUUCUUCUUCUUCACCCUCUGUGGAAGUACAGAGUGCUUCCUGCUGGCCGUGAUGGCCUAUGACCGCUAUGUUGCUGUUAGCAACCCGCUGCUCUAUACCGUGGCCAUGAAGCCCAGAAUCUGCUGGAGUUUGGUGAUGGGAGCCUAUGUCUGUGGGGUGUCGGGGUCCACCCUGCGAACCACGUGCACCUUCUCCCUCUCCUUCUGUGAGGACAACCGGAUCAACUUCUUCUUCUGUGACCUCCCACCCCUGCUGAAGCUUGCCUGCAGUGACACAACAAACGCUGAAAUCAUCAUCAUCUUCUUUAGCAACUUUGUGAUUUUGGCCAAUGCCUUGGUCAUCCUGAUCUCCUACCUGCUCAUCGUCAAGGCCAUCUUGAAGGUGAAGUCUUUAGGAGGCAGGGCCAAGACUUUCUCCACAUGUGCCUCCCACCUCACCGCUGUGGCCCUUUUCUUUGGGACCCUCACCUUCAUGUACAUACGGAGCAGCCCAGGCAAAUCCCUGGAGGAAGACAAGGUUGUGUCUGUCUUUUACACUGUGGUCAUCCCCAUGGUGAACCCUCUCAUCUAUAGCCUGAGAAACAAGGAUGUGAAAGCUGCCUUCAGGAAGGUCACUGGUAGAUUCCAGGUGUCCCAGAGCCUGUAGACCUGAGGGAAAAUACAAUUUAUCUCAAGCAAUUUUGUUCUCAUAUCAAUACAUCCUAGUAGGCACCAGCACCAAAUGCAUCUUAUAGUGAUGAACGGAGGAAAAACAGAAAAGGAUCAGCAGCCAAAUGAACAAAGAAACAAGUAGUAAAAGGGUAUCCAGCAAUUCUCCAGAGUACAGUACUUUGUUCUUACCACCCUCUCCCACUUCUAGAUUAUUCCUGGGCACUCAACAGCCUCCUGCUAAUCUUCGAUCUCAUUACUCAUAGGAUUUGAGGUCUUGAGUUUAUUUCAUCCUUCCCUAAAUCUUGAGAACCUUCCCUCUGUCUUCACUCCUAUCCCAUUACUGUGUUCUCUGUAUCAAAGAUCAUAUCUGGGGAUCCCUGUGAUGGUGAUGAUUGACCUUUUUCCCCUUUUAAUGUGUAAGUGACUGAUCACUUCAAUUAUCAAGGAGUGUUGUAUUAAAAAAAAAAUUGGCUGUCAAGCUAGUCAAUAGGAAGAAAAGCUGGUCAAUAGGAACC